AUGGAGGCGUUCCACUGGCAGUGCCACCCCGCCGCACACGCGUUCAAGGACGUCGUGUCAAAGCACGACAAGGUCCUGCAGACACACGCGAUCAUGACCUCGCCCGUCUGCUCGAUCCCCGCGUCGGACAUCCGCUGGCAGUUCGACCUCGCGGGCGGCGCGCUGAUGGACGUGACGUACGUCCUCUCGAGCACGCGCUUCGCGCUCGACGCGGGUGCCCCCUUGUGCGUCAAGUCCGCGCACACGCGGCCGUCGCCAUGGGAUGAGCGUGUCGACGAGGCGAUGGACACGACGCUCGUGUACCGUGAGGGCUCCGCGGAGGGCGCAGAGGGUGAGUACAACGUCGAGGCGACGGUGUAUGCGGACAUGCGCCGCGCGAACGUCGCCGGGUUCGUUCCGCGCGUGUGGGAGCUCCCUACGAUCGAGGUCGAGACGGAGCGUGCACUCGUGACGCUCUAUAACUUCACGAUGCCCCACCGCGUACUGUACCACUACAUCGCGACAAAGGACAAGGCGACGGGCGAGACGCGGUACGGUACGAGAAGCACUACCCUGAAGUACUCCGGGAAGACGGGCGGCGUGCACGGCUCCGCGGGCGCGAGUCUGCGCACUGUCACGAACCAGAGCUCAAUCGACCAGAUGAAGUCGAUCAAUAUGGUGUAUUAG